AUUAUAUAGAUGUAUCGAUAUUUUUUCGACAACCCUAUUAUAGUUAUUUGCUGUGUACUAUAAAUUAGUGGAGUGAAUCUUCGUUUCUGCAUUUACUUUAGUGAAUUAAUUAGGGUCGUAAUUUAAUUUUACGUGAUGGAUCUUCCAAAACAGUUUUUAAUGUUAAAACUGAAUGCAGAAAAUGAAAUGUCAAGUGCUAGUGCCACACCGAAUUUAAGUUCGACUGGGAAUGAACGCUUUGUUCUAAGGUCUAACGAAGUAAAAACCACCAACUGUACCGACCUAAACAGCGAAAAUGAUGGAGAAAUGCAGGACGAACCCAUGGGUGAAAUGGAAAAGAUAAAUAAAUAUGUUAUUUGUGGAAUUGAUAGUCCAAAAAGAGUUGGUCCACUUGUUCCACCGAAACCUUACAAAAAGAAACAAAACUAUCCCGAGAUGUCAAUGAGGUGUGUUACUGAUAAAGUCUGUAAAGCGCACUAUUCCAAACAAAUGGACAGUACAUCUAAUGCUUUGCAUAAAUCUUCACCUAGCGCUACUUUAGACAUUCCUGCUGUAUUAGAUCAACAAUUAGCGGCUUUGACUCAUCACAAACGACAGUUAGAAAAGAAGGCUAUUUGUUUGUCACAACAGAAUCCACGCGAAAAACUUAUAUCAGAUGCUAUAAAUUUUGCAAAAUCUUCCUUAUAUACGCUGGAAACUGAAGAUUGUAUAUCUAACAUAAUUUAUUCGAAACCUCAUAUAUUUUCAUCGCACGUUGAUUCAACAGCAAUUGAUGCAAACGUAUCUGAAUCACCGAGUGAUACUGAAAGUGUUCUAAAUGAUUUAAGACAAAGAAACCCUAGCAAGUAUAUUAAUCAAAAAAAAAAAGACAGUGUAGCGGAUGUACCACAAUCACAUGAACUUUCCAUCGACGUAAUUGAGAAUACUUUGGAGUGUUCAAACCUCCAGCCGGAGGAAAUACUGCCUCCUCCUAGUCCGGUUAGUUCAUCUUAUAGUGAAUUAAGGAAAGCAACGACUGUGUUUAAGAAAACCUUUCAUCCUUGCUAUGUAAAAAACCAUGAAUCAAAAGUUAAUUGUAAUGAUUCCAACAUUCAUGAUCUUUGUGGACCAUAUAUGAAUGUUACUUGCAGCAAUGACUUCAAUUCAUAUUGUUCAACACUACAGACUGACUAUAAUAAUAGCAUCGAUAUUUACAGAAAUGGAAGUUCUUCACAGGUAUUUGGCAACUGGGGAAUCAUUUAAGUCGCUUUCGUAUUUUUUUCGAUGUGAGGCUUCUACAAUUGAAAACAUUGUAAUGGAAACCUGCAAAGCUGUCUGGGAAAUAUUAUCACCGAUUUACUUUCCAAAACCCCAUGUUGCGAAAUGGCUUUCUAUAGCGGAUGCGUUUGAAAAAAUGUGGAACUUUCCUAAUUGUGCAGGAGCUAUAGAUGGAAAACACAUAAGAAUACAGUGCCCUCCAAAAGCAGGAUCAGAUUAUUUUAAUUAUAUAAAAUUUCAUUCAAUACAUUUAAAAGCUGUAGUUGAUGCAUAUGGUCAGUUCAUUUGUGUUGAUGUUGGCGACUUUGGGCGAAAUUGCGAUAGUGGUGUUUUCAAACACUCUAAUUUUGGAAAAACUUAUUCAAAAACAAUUAUGUGGUAAACCAAAAGCUAUGUCCAGAAAGCUGCGAAAGCAUACCAUUUGUUUUUGUCGCCGAUGAAGGCUUUCCACUACUUACGAAUGUUCUAAGACCGUUUGCACGAAGGAACUUGACAAAUGAGCGAAGAAUAUACAAUUACCGUUUAUCAAGAGCAAGACGAGUAGUGGAAUGCGCAUUUGGUAUGCUUGCAAACAAGUUUCGAAUUUUUCAUACAGAAAUUCUGUUGUAUAAAGUGGAAACUAUUAUAUUAGCUGCUUGUGCUUUACAUAAUAUGAUUCGGGAGCGAGAACAUUUGCUUUACGAAAAAUAUAGUGAACUCGAUGCUAUGGAAUAUAUAGUCCAAGAGGCUACAAAUCAAAAUAUUGAAAACACAAAGCCAUCAAAUGGUGCGCGUUACAUACAUACGUGACCAGUUUCUAUCAUAUUUUAACUCUACCACUGGAUCAGUUUUUUGGCAAAAUAAAAAGUGGGCUCUGAGGCUGUGAAUGCAAUACAGAACUUCCGCAAGUGACGGUGUUUUUAGCACUUUCUCAGUCUCCUCUUCAUCUUCAGACCCGUCGUUAUCAAUUUGCAGUGGAUUUGCUUCUGUAUCAACAAUGGAACUGACAAUUUCCUCAUCAGUCCAAUUGCCAUAGCACGCAAUGUCGUCAUCACAUAGAAGAUAUGCUUCAAAUGAGCUUUGUGUAUUAGCACCUGCCAGGCUCUUAACUAUUUUUUCUACUUCAGCGCUUGUAUCUUCAAAUUGCUGAUCAAGGAGUGUAGUGGUGCUACUUCGGACUGAGUAGGCAAUUGAAAAGUAAAGUCUUCUCUCGACGAACAUAAGCCAAACUCUAUAAGUCGCUCAUAAUUCCCGUCCUGCUAUAUGGUACAGAGGACAGAGCUUGGACGAUGACAAUAACCGAUGCGUCGACGUUGCGAGUUUUCGAGAGAAAGGUUCUGCGAAAGAUUAAUGGUCCUUUGCGCAUUGGCCACGGCGAAUAUCGCAUUCAAUGGAACGAUGAACUGUACGAGAUAUACGACGACAUUGACAUAGUUCAGCGAAUUAAAAGACAGCGGCUACGCUGGCUAGGUCAUGUUGUCCGGAUGGAUGAAAACACUCCAGCUCUGAAAGUAUUCGACGCAGUACCCGCCGUGGGAAGCAGAGGAAGAGGAAGACCUCCACUCCUUUGGGAGAACAAAGUGGAGAAGGACCUGGCCUCGCUUGGAGUAUCCAAUUGGCGCCACGUAGCGAAGAGAAGAAACGACUGGCGCGCUGUUGUUGACUCGGCUAUAAUCGCGUAAGCGGUGUCUACGCCUGUAAAGAAGAAGAAGAAGAGUGUUGUUAUAAAUUUUGCCUGUUAAAAAAAUAAUAAAAAAAAACAUUAAUGAAUACAUAUAAUAAGCAAAAAUUGUGAAAUUAUAACGAACUUACCUUUUUGAAACAGUUUUGAAUUGAUACAAUGACUUCCUUAAAAUCUCCUGUGGCAUUGCAAAUAAAAAUGAGCGUUAGUCGGUCCUUAGAGGUCUUGAACCCUUUUACUGUUUGUCCCUUAUGUGUAAGCGUUUUUUGCGGCAAUGCUUCAAAGAACAAUGCACUUUCGUCUGCAUUAAAAAUAUUCCCCUGAUCAUAGUUCGCUGUAAUAUGUAAAAGAGUUGUGCUCAGAAAUAUUUCUGCAUUUUCCUUAUCAGUGAAGCGUUCUUCGCCGUGAAUAUUUCUUAGCUGAAUGCCAUUGUGCUUCUGUAAUUGCCAGAGCCAUCCUUGCGUUGACGUAAAAUCUUUUUUAGCUUCACUGCAAGCUGCUUGGUUUUUUCCAGCGUUAAGUUUGAAGAGAUUACUGCUCCAGAGGAUCUCAGUUGAAUAAACCAUAUCAUUAACGCCUGCUCCACCUGGGCUUCUUUACCUUGCCUCAUUCUUUUUGCAGACAAUUUGCGCGUGGACGAUUUGUUAGCAAUUUCGCCUGCGUUUCUUAAAAUUUUGUUAAGUGUGCUUCUUACGUAAAACUGCAAGCGAAAUUAUUGGUUUUUGGUAAGAUCAACAGAACAGGGGAUACUCGUGAAGGACACAAAGAGGUUGUUUAGCAGCUGAUACCUACAUCAUACUGAAUUAAUGGGAGGAACGCUUGUUCAGCCUGCUGAACGGCUGUGACAGUGCAUUGGUACAUAAGGCGAUCUGAAUUCUUCAAUCGAUGACAAUGAAAUGGAUGUUCUAUUGUCCGACUAUGAAGAACAACUACUCUGAGUAGGUAAUUGAAAUGUGAAGUUAUAUCUCGACGGAAAAAGAUCAUACUUUACAAGUCCCCAUCAUUACCCCACGAAUCCUUCAGAACGAUUACCCUAUAUUUUCAAAAUUGUGCUCAACAAUGUACAACAGGUUCGAAUAAAAUUCCUCAAUCCAUAUUUAAGAAAUAAACUCGCAAACAAAUCAUUCUUGAAACUUAAAGUUAAGACAGCACCACGACUUGAUCUAAUUACAGCUGAAGUGUAUCAGUUACAAAACGUACUAAAGGUCAUAUAUUUCUUUAGUACCAAUAAUCUCAAAACAUUUUGAAAUAUUAAUUAGGAUUGCCAUCUAUCAAGCAGUUAUAAUAUAUAAAAGCAGUUCAUCCCAUUGCAUCAGUCCACUGAAGGUUCACUGUUUGCAAGGUGCGUGCCGAAAAUAUUUCAAUAUAGCUUCAGUGAUUUGUGAGAUAUGUACAUUAAUUUUAUUGAAAGUGUUUAUGCCCACUUUUAAAACUAUUCACACCGCAGAUCGCCGUUCCUACUGCGAUUCACUGUCUCAAAUUAAAGUUUUGUAUCUUAAUUUUCGGCUUAGCCCAUCCAACAACGAACUUCUGGUGAUGCUGUGGGAUAAGUGGCACCAAGUUUUAUCAAUAUCAGUCUUUAUUCAAUUCACAGCUUUCACGGUCGUACAGAAAUUCAAUCGGAAUUCAACUCACCUCAUCAUCAUCAUCAUUUUUACAUGUAGUAGCCUUACCCACGGCAUCUUUCGCCCCGAAUCCUUUCUAUAAAUAUCAAAGAACAUUAAAUCUUUGCCCGUCCAGGGCAAUUUACAAAAGUUAAAAUUUAAUUGGUACCAACACCUGUUAUUAUAGUGGCUUCAACAAUAUUUUGUGUCAAUUUUGUAAACCGAAGCCUUAUUCUACUACAUAACAACCUCGGAGCAUCUCGAUUACGGAGAAGCAUUAUUGGUACAUUUACCGUGCGAUUCUGUACUGUGAUACAGUCUCAAGUCUCUAAAUUUGAGAUUUUGAGUUAGAGACAAUUUUUGAGACUUGAGACGAUUUUGCUAUUCUGUAAGUGACAGUCACAAAACCUAUUACAUUUCAUUAUUCAGAGAUGUUUUUGCAAUUGAAGGAAUAUAAAUAUGUCGAUAACAAAUAUUAAAUUUUCUAUAACAUUUUUGACUACAUCAUUAUCAAUAAAAAUAAAAAUAUAUGUUGACUUUGUUUCAUAAUAAUUACAAAAUUUAUGGAAAAAUGGUUUAUUUUUAACCUUUUUGCAUAUAAAAGAACGACUGAAAAAUCUCAAGCGUUUUGGAGAUUCAAUUAUUCCGUUCUUGGAAUUGCUUAGCCAAAAUCUUAAAACUAACGGCUUAAGCUAGUGGCAAUGUAAAUGCAAGGGGUAAGUAAUUAUCUUUCGUUAAAUAUUGUAAUAGAAUUAAGGUAAGUAAUAAAUGAAGGUAAUAUAAAUGUAUUACACAGUACAACAGCUAAUCUGGGGGGUGAGAAAUUCCAAAUCAGGGUGAUGGUACUAUAGUAUAGGUAGUAUAGUAAAACCAUCAAAGGGUUUGGCGUUCGUAUGUGUCACUUUUUUUAUGACCUUUUUAAUUUUUUCCUUAUCUUGAUGUUUUUUCGCUUAGUUGUAAUAUUUUGGCAAAAACGUAGUUUAACAUAACUCGCGAACCACUUGUCCGAUUUUGAUGAAACAAAUUUAGAAAAAUUAAGAAUUACAGUUUCUGGGUUUUUGGGUCGUCAAAAAAGUCUUGCGGUAUUUCCGCUAGUUGGCGCUGAAAGCGCGUAGUUCUAGUUUUAUUCGUUACAUCGGGUCAUGCUAUACCUCUACACCAGAACGAAAACGUUGAAACCAUCGUUGUGCGGUGGAAAUGGAAACUGUAUCGGGUCCAUAAAAUGCACAAAUUUUAUUGGCGGCUUGAGAUGCAUUUUUGCCUUUAUCGUAGUAGUACUGUAAAAUAUGCCGUAUUUCUCUUUAUUUUGCUCCAUGUUUGCGACGCUAUAACUCACGAACGACUUAAAAGAAACGACAAUCAAUCAAACACGUGUUAGCGCGUGAAAUGAGUUUUCCAAAAAUGUAUAAAAUACAGUAGAAACUCGAUUAACCGGACUAAUUGUUGUCGAUAGGCAUUCGGAUAAUCGAAAAUCCGGAUAAUCGAAUGUAUGAAGAAAAACAAAUAGAUAUUCAUAUCCUGCAACGAAAAUCAAUGUUUAUUAAGAAAUGAACACUUACUUAUGUAUGUAUGUACAUAUUUUCUUAGAUUACACUACAUACGUAAUACUAAACUGCAGCAUUAAUCAUGAAAUACAAUAAAAUAUUUAGGUACGUAUGUACGAAUAAUUUGUCUACAAUAUGUAUGUAUUUGGUAAUUUGCAUUUGGUAAUCAUGAAAUAAGUAGGUAGGUAAUAAGUUUAAUUUGGUUUAAAAUAUUUGGUAAUUGUCAUUUGACGUAAGCAACUUUUUCUCUUCAUUGCUGCUAUAUCACGAAUUCGUUUCAGUUGUAGUAGACUCACAGUAUCACUCUAGGGGUAUUCUCUCGCUCUUGCAAACCCCUUGCACGGUGCAAGAAUUGCAUAUAUUUCCUCUCGGUGCACCGGCACAACAACAAACACACGCAGAAAAUUAUUUGCAAGGGCUGUAAAAUAUGUCAGACCAAAAACCAUGUAUGUUUGCGUGCAAUGUCAUGGAAAAAUAUAAUUGCAACCCUGUUUUAGCUGACAUUUUACAUAAAGUCAUAUAGCGUUGGCAGGUUUAAAUAUGUAGACGUGACACGCACGUCAGAGCGGAGUCACAAUUGCAAAUGAACUAAAACAAUAAUGAAACGCGCGGGGCAGCGGCAACGACCCCAUCUGCGCGAGCGGAAUACGCAAGUUCCGACACGUUCAUGAUUCCAUAAUUUCUACGUAGGUACAUAUAAAUUGGUCGCGAUUGGUAGUCCGGAUAAUCGCGAAUCCGUAUAACUGAGGGCCGGAUAAACGAGUUUCUACUGUAACUAGAACUACGCGCUUUCAGCGCCAACUAGCGAAAAUACCGCAAGACUUUUUUGACUUGCACUUGUUUUGCCUGUCAUGAUAGCAAAAUAUUUCGAUAAUGAAAAAGGCACGUCCGUUCGAUUUCAAGGUUUUUAAUACAAUGCUUCAAUUAUUCCGUUCUUGGAAUUGCUUAGCCCAACAGCCCUAUUCUGAAAAAACCUCUCAACUGAGUUGAGAGGAAAAAUUUGAAACAUUUCUUGUGAGGCAUAUUUUGUGAGGCUAUUCUUGCUCAAACCUCAUAAGAAAAAAGCUUAAAAAAAUCACCACAUGAGGUAAAAAGUUUUUUGCUGUCAAACAGCUGUUUUAAUAAAAAUAGGCAAACACAAAUUGACACACAAAUGGAUAAUCAUUUGUGUAAGUAAUUUUGCAAAUUUUAAAUAUAUAUAUAUUCAAUAAUUUCAUAUAUUCCUAGGCGUACAAAAACGGAAAGGACAACUCAGGAGCAGCUGCAACAUUAAAUAAUGUUUUGCAAGCAGCAUCCUGAGUUGCAACGGAGGAAGCUAACUCCGACCAACCCUCAAGGGCUGCGAAUUCUUUGGUCGAAGUUAGCAGAUAAUUUAAAUGCCUUAAGAGGUCCAACUCGGUCGGCAGCCAAGUGGAGGGAGGUAAGUUCAUAAAUGCUUGUGUACGUUUCAAAUUAUUAAAAUAUGUUUCCAUAGCCAUUGAUGCAAUGGAAACAUCAGUAGCGAUCGCGAGCGCGCAAACUGAAGGCACAUGCGCAAGCGACUGGUGGAGGCCCUCCGAUAAAUGGAAUGACUGAAUUCGAGGAGCAAGCAAUUACAACUUUUGGGGCAGUAGCGGUGGAUGGAUUGCCGGAUGUUGCGACUUUGGGUCACCAGGUUUUGCCGUUGUAUUUAAAUACAGCUCAAGCUCCAGCUUCCUCGCCAACACCAACAGUCGCAUCGCCUGCUCCAGCACCCUCACCAGCAGUCACAUCGCCUGCUCCAGCUUCUCCUGCUCUGUCUAUAAAUUUUUUUUUCCUCGCCAUCACCUCAUUUUUCUUCCUCACCAUCACCUCCAUCUUCUUCCUUAUCUCCUCCCAUCUUAUCUUCUCUUAUGCCAUCGCUUUCUUACAUCCUUUCUGAAAAAUUGACUGCAGCGAAGAUGCUUGGGACAGAGCUAAAAAAAAUGGAGGAUCGAGAAAAACGAGAGGAGGAGGCCAUUGCUCUACAAAGGAAAAUUGUAGAGCAAAAUGUGCAGAUGACAGGGGUGCUGACCCAAAUGACACAAGCACUAACCUCGCUGCUAAAAAUGUAAAAAAAAAAAUGAAGUAAAAAUGUAAAAACAUAAAAAAAAUUAAAUAAAUAAAAUAAAAUAAAAUAAAUUAUUUAAUAAAUGUAAUAAAAUAAAAUGAAUUAUUUAAACAUA